CGCUGGCGCGCAGGACCGCGGGCAUUUACCCGUGCUUUCCCACGCCCGGAAGAACUCGUAAUGCUUUCUGUAGGGUGGUGCUUCUGUUGCUCACAGGUUAGUCUCCGGCGGUAGUAAGAGUCUCCGUCUUCCCCCCAGCAAGAAGCGUUUGUUCCUGCAAUUCGGGCGGCCGCCCUCGCGCGCGGGGUGCGCUGCUGCUUGGAGAGUUCCCUCACGGGUCGCAUCGCGGAGGUUCGCGCCGGCUCCGGGUCGCGGCCUCCCUGCGCUGCUUCUUUGGCACCUGGACAACUUGCCUUUGAUGAUUUUCAAGAGCGUUGUGCUAUGAUGUGGCAAAAGUAUGCAGGAAGCAGGCGGUCAAUGCCUCUGGGAGCAAGGAUCCUUUUCCACAGUGUGUUCUGUGCCGGGGGCUUUGCCAUUGUGUAUUACCUCGUUCAAAAGUUUCAUUCCAGGGGUUUAUAUUACAAGUUGGCAGUGGAGCAGCUGCAGAGCCAUCCUGAGGCACAGGAAGCUCUGGGCCCUCCUCUCAACAUCCAUUAUCUCAAGCUCAUCGACAGGGAAAACUUCGUGGACAUUGCUGAUGCCAAGUUGAAGAUUCCUGUCUCUGGAUCCAAGUCAGAGGGCCUUCUCUACAUCCACUCAUCCAGAGGUGGCCCCUUUCAGAGGUGGCACCUUGACGAGGUCUUUUUAGAGCUCAAGGAUGGUCAGCAGAUUCCUGUGUUCAAGCUCAGUGGGGAAAACGGUGAUGAAGUGAAAAAGGAGUAGAGACGACCCAGAAGACCCAGCUUGCUUCUAGUCCAUCCUUCCCUCAUCUCUACCAUAUGGCCACUGGGGUGGUGGCCCAUCUGAGUGACAGACACUCCUGCAACCCAGUUUUCCAGCCACCAGUGGGAUGAUUGUAUGUGCCAGCACAUGGUAAUUUUGGUGUAAUUCUAACUUGGGCACAACGAAUGCUAUUUGUCAUUUAUAACCUGAAUCUGAAAGAAACUCCUAUUAUAAAUUUAAGAUAAUGUAUUUGAAAGUGCUUUGUAUAAAAAAGCACAUGAUAAAAGGAAUCAGAAUUAAUAAAAUGUUUGUUGAUCUUU